AUGGUGAUUGGUAACCCCGACUCAUGGAUCGCCCAGCUGCGCGAGUGCAAGUAUCUGCCCGAGGCAGACAUGAAAGCGCUCUGCGAGCAGGUGCGCAACAUUAUGAUGGAAGAAAGCAAUAUCCAGCCGGUGUCAAGUCCUGUGACGGUGUGUGGUGAUAUCCACGGCCAGUUCUGGGACCUGCUUGAGCUGUUCCGCGUCGGCGGCAACCUGCCCGAGACGGGCUACAUCUUUAUGGGCGACUUUGUCGACCGUGGCUACUUUUCGCUCGAGACCUUCUCUCUCCUAAUGGCGCUGAAAGCACGGUAUCCGCACCGUAUCACGCUCCUGCGUGGAAACCACGAAAGUCGCCAGAUCACGCAGGUCUAUGGUUUUUACGACGAGUGUAUGCAAAAAUACGGUAGCACGACCGUGUGGAAGAGCUGUUGCCAGGUGUUUGACUAUUUGAACAUUGCGGCGAUUAUCGACGGGCGUGUCCUGUGUGUGCACGGCGGCCUGAGUCCUGAGCUGCGUUCCCUGGACCAGAUCCGGACGAUUAUGCGCGUGCAAGAGGUCCCCCACGAGGGUCCGUUUUGCGACCUGAUGUGGUCGGAUCCCGAAGAUAUCGAGACGUGGAGCGUGAGCCCCCGCGGUGCUGGCUGGCUCUUUGGCCGCCAGGUUACGAAGGAGUUUAAUCAUCUCAAUGGCCUCGAGCUCAUUGCGCGUGCGCACCAGCUGGUCCAGGAAGGCUACAAGCUGAUGCACGACAAAAAUAUCGUCACGGUCUGGUCGGCCCCCAACUACUGCUACCGCUGCGGAAACGUCGCGUCCGUCUUCCAGGUAGACGACCUGCUGGACGUGGACACUGCCGCAAAAGAGGCCCAGGAGGCCGGCGAGGCACAAAAGACCGACGAGGACGACAAUGCGUCUCGGUUCGGUCCGUCGCACUUUAAGAUUUUCGAUGCGGUACCCGACCAGGAUCGCAUGCUCCCUGCGCGCAGCACCGCGUCGCAGUACUUCCUGUGA